AUGUUCACCGAGAUCGACAAGGAGGUGGUGUCCAACACGCUGGCCGCGGCGGGGGCGUCCGUGGCGGACCCGCUGAUGUCGCUGGUGGACACGGCGUUCGUGGGGACGCUCGGCGUCGUGCAGCUCGCCGCGCUGGGCCCGAACGCGGCUCUGUUCAACGUCGUCUUCUUCAUUGCCUUCAUGGCCAUGGCCGUCGUCACGACGGACCAAAUCGCGUCAGCGAACAGCCGCAAAGACAAGGUCGGCAUCGGGCGCGCGGUGGUGACAUCGCUGAGCGUCUCGCUCGCGGUCGGUCUGAUCUGCGCGGGCGUGAUCGAAGCGUUUCCGGACCAUAUCCUGCGGGUGUUCCAGGUGAACGACGAGAUGCUGGGCGCGUCGCGGACGUACUGCGUCAUCCGCUCCCUGUCCAUCCCGGCGUCGCUGAUGAUGGUGACGUUCCAGGCGGCCUUCCGCGCACUCCUCGACCUGCGCACGCCGUUCCUCGUCGUCCUCGCGGCCGGGAUCCUCAACCUCAUCCUCGAUCCGCUCUUCAUGUUCACCUUCGGGUGGGGAAUCGCCGGCGCCGCGUGGGCGACGACGAUCUCGCAGUACGCCGGCGUGCUCAUCUUCAUUGGCAUCAUCUACCGGAACUCCAGCAAGUUCGGACUCCCCCAGGCGCUCGAGGACGCACAGAAGCGGCGCCGCGCGAGCUCGCGGCGGCCACCGAGCGCGCUGUCCAAGGUCGGCACCCUGCUCAAGAGCCUGGACUGGGGAAAGUACCUUGGUCGGUGCCAGAUCCUGGCCGUCCGAGCCGUGCUGAUCCUGACGACGUACACGCUCGCGGCGAUCGUGGCGACGAACCUGGGCACGAAGGUGAUCGCCGCGCACCAGGUCAUCAACCAGCUGCAGCAGCUUCAGCUGAACGUCACAUGGGCCUUCCUCUCCGUCGGGCAGACCAUGGUGGCCAACGUCUACGGCAGCGAGACGGGCGGCGCGGUCCCCGCGCGCAAGGUCGCGAACCGCGUCAUCUUCUGGGGGGCCAUGACGUCGUUCGUCCUCGCCGUCUUCACGUUCGCCAUGAAGGACAUCCUGCCAAGGAUCUUUAUCCAGGACGAGGGGGUGUUCCAGAUCGUCCAGAGCGCGAUGCUGCCGGCGUGCGCGAUGUUGGCCUUCUCGUGGAACAACGCCCUCGAAGGUUGCUUGCUGGGGUCGGACGACCAGGGCUACGUGGUGGGCACCUACCCAUGGGCGGUAUCGUUCGGGUUGGCUGUCCUGGGCAUGAGUUACAGCCUGGGCUUUGGUCUGCCAGGUGUCUGGUGGGGCCUUACUGUGUACUAUGCAGCGCUCGUAACGUGGUUCGGCUCGCGGUUCAUCGGUUUCAAGUGGAACAAGGGGAACCUGUGCGUCUAA